AUGGCGUCGGAAGUUCAGGAGACCAGAGUUGAGACAUCAUCACUGGAUGAGAGACUCUCAAUUCUCGAACUGGGAGAUUCGGAUGCGGAGGACUCGGAAGCAUCAGAUGCGAGCGAAACAACUGUUCAUCCCUUCGAUCCGAAAAAGUGUCUCUUCUGCAAUUGCCACAAUGAAGACUUCAACGACAACCUGGACCACAUGAGGAAGCGGCACGGAAUGACCAUUCCGUACCCCGAGAGAUUGAUAGUCGAUCUCGAGGCACUGGUCAAAUACUUCCACCUCGUAAUCUACGAGUACACCGAAUGCCUCUACUGUGGAUCUAUCCGGAACACCCCGCAGGCCGCACAACAACAUAUGACUGGAAAGGGUCACUGCAAGAUCGACAUUGAAAAGGAGAAUUCCGAAUUCAAAGACUUUUACGACUUCGAACCCGACACCGACUCCGAUCAUGAUAGCUUUGGCAAUCCGGGACGUGAUUUCUCUGUUGAUGUGGAGGACGGAACAAAGCGACUACCCUCAGGGAGGACGGUCACCCAUCGAAGGGCCAGAAAAGUGCGUGAUGAUCGAGGUUUGAAGUCAGGACAAGAACACAACAGCUUCUCCGGUUUGGAAGGUGGAGAAAGCUCCCAGAAUCCGAAAGACACCACGGCUUUGGCGAUCAACAGUGGGAAGAAGAAAGAUUUAGUUGCUAAAAGCUCCGGCAGCCUAUUCGACAAACAACUGGCAACGAUGAGGCAAGGAGAUCGACUGGCUCUUGCUCAUUUACCUCUUCCACAGCAGAGGACUCUGGUCGCCAAGGCCAAGAAGCAGCAAGAGAGGUGGAAUCGGUUAGCAAACGAUGAGGCGAUCAAGCGACAGUGUAAAGCUUUGGUAAAUUAG